AUGGGGAGAGAUUUAGUCCGCAAAGAAUCACCUGAAAAGCCAUGGAAGCGUAGUCGAGUAUGGAAACAUGAGGAGUCCCUCGAUUUGUUGAAAAAGGACAAGGGUACCCAAAGAAUUCGAGGUCUUAUCCUUGACACGAACUUAUUGAGAAAGGAGCAUAACUUCAAAGAUGAUGACGUGAACAAGAGUUUUAGAGCUGAUCAACCAAUCCAGAUUGUGUAUGAGUUCUUUUUAAGGAUUUGGUUGUUUUUUUCUCGGCUUCUCCUAAUGCUUUCGUCUUCUCAUUGCAAAAACGUCGAAUUGAGAGCAGAUGCAUUAAGAAAGAUGGAUAAGCUAAAGCUGCUCCAACUCAAUCAUGUCAAAAUCGACGGAUCUUACAAGAAUUUUCCAGAAGGUUUAAGGUGGUUAUGCAUGCAUGGAUUCCAUUCAAAAUUCAUACCUUCGGGCUUACCAAUGGAAAAUUUGGUUGCUCUUGACAUGUCUUACAGUAAUCUCACACAGCUUUGGAAGAAGCCAAAGCUUCUUGGGUCAUUGAAGAUUCUUAAUCUGAGUUAUUGCAAGAUUGUUAGAGUUGAAGGCUUCUCUUGGCUACCUGUACUUGAGAGGUUGAUUCUUACGAACUGUGAAAGCUUGAUUCAUGUGUGUGAGUCAAUUGGCGGAUGUGAUGGCCUUGUUAUUCUUGACUUGAGCUACUGCAGUAAGCUUAGUAAUGUUCCAAUUAGCAUUAGCAAGUUAAAGAAUGUUAGAAGACUAUCAUUAGACGGAUGCUUAGGUGCUAGUGAGUUUCUAAUGCGGAUGAAGGAUAUGGAGUCAUACGCAUCUUCCUCUAUUAUACCGAAAACUCCAAAAUCAUUUUGGCUAACUUCACUAGUAGCCUUGUCGCUUAAUGGCAAUAAUUUGUCUAAUGAAUCAUUUCCAAAGGACUUCAGUAGCAUGUCGAUGUUGAAGAAAUUAUAUCUAAAUAAGAAUCCGAUUGAUUCCCUGCCUGAUUGUGUGAGAAGCCUUAGCAGGCUUGAGGAACUCGAUGUUGGAGAAUGUUGGAUGUUGAAGUCGGUAUUGUGCCCUCCACCUACAAUCAAAUAUUUGUCUACUGAAAAUUGUUUGUCACUUAUUAAAAUAACAUUCCCUCAAGAAAUGUCAUCACCAUCAGUUCUGUAUCAUUAUGGUGCGGAGUCAUUGAGCGAAAUUGAAGGCAGAAUAAAAUUUCAAGAUAUAGCGGAAAUUGAUGAGCAGAUCUUAUGCAGCUUGGGGUGGACAAAUUUACAACAUUUGAAACAUCAGAAGAUACGGAUACAGGAUUCAUACAGAUUUUCUCCUCCAAAGAAAGACCCAGUCCAGGUGCUUUACGAAUUUGGAAUAUUAGCAUAUGUUUUCCUGGGAAAGCAGUUCCAGAUUGGCUACCUCAUAAAAGCAAGGGUUCAUCAAUAUCAAUAUCGAUAG